GGACCAACGCAACGGCAUGUCCAGAUAAUCAUGGAGAAGCUAUUGAGGACAGUAAAUAGAACAGUCAUUUCCAUGGGACGUGAUUCGGAGCUCAUUGGGAGUUUCGUUGCGUGCAUGACUGCCAUUUUAAGGCAAAUGGAAGAUUAUCACUACGCUCAUUUAAUCAAGACUUUUGGAAAGAUGAGGUCAGAUGUUGUGGACUUCCUGAUGGAAACGUUCAUCAUGUUCAAGAAUCUCAUCGGGAAGAACGUCUAUCCCUUCGACUGGGUCAUAAUGAACAUGAUGCAGAAUAAAGUCUUCCUGCGAGCAAUUAAUCAGUACGCAGAUAUGCUAAACAAGAAGUUUCUCGAUCAAGCCAACUUUGAGUUGCAGCUUUGGAACAACUACUUUCACCUGGCGGUUGCUUUUCUUACACAAGAGUCUCUACAACUGGAGAAUUUUUCAAGUGCUAAAAGAGCAAAAAUACUUAACAAAUACGGUGAUAUGAGGAGGCAGAUCGGCUUCGAGAUCAGGGACAUGUGGUACAACCUGGGUCAGCAUAAAAUCAAGUUCAUCCCAGAAAUGGUGGGGCCUAUAUUAGAAAUGACGCUUAUCCCCGAAACGGAGCUUCGCAAGGCUACAAUCCCAAUAUUCUUUGAUAUGAUGCAGUGUGAAUUUCACUCGACUCGAAGCUUCCAGAUGUUUGAAAAUGAGAUCAUCACCAAACUGGAUCACGAAGUGGAAGGAGGCAGAGGAGAUGAGCAGUACAAAGUGUUAUUCGACAAAAUUCUCCUGGAGCAUUGCAGGAAGCACAAGUACCUUGCCAAAAGUGGGGAAACUUUCGUGAAACUUGUUGUCCGCUUGAUGGAGCGGCUCUUGGACUACCGGACCAUCAUGCACGACGAGAACAAGGAGAACCGCAUGAGCUGCACCGUCAACGUGCUGAAUUUCUACAAAGAGAUUGAGAGAGAAGAAAUGUACAUAAGGUAUUUGUACAAACUCUGUGACCUGCACAAAGAAUGUGACAACUACACAGAAGCUGCCUACACGCUGCUCCUGCACGCCAAGCUCCUCAAGUGGUCGGAGGAAGCCUGUGCAGCGCACCUCACCCAGCGGGAUGGAUACCAGGCAGCUACUCAAGGACAGCUGAAAGAUCAGCUCUAUCAAGAAAUUAUCCAUUACUUUGACAAGGGCAAGAUGUGGGAAGAGGCCAUUGCUUUGGGUAAAGAACUUGCAGAACAGUAUGAAAAUGAAAUGUUUGAUUAUGAACAACUCAGUGAACUACUGAGAAAGCAAGCCCAGUUCUAUGAAAACAUUGUGAAAGUGAUAAGACCUAAACCAGAUUAUUUUGCUGUUGGAUACUAUGGCCAGGGAUUUCCUACAUUCAUAAGGAACAAAGUGUUCAUCUACCGGGGCAAGGAGUACGAGCGCCGCGAGGAUUUCGAAGCCAGGCUCCUCACGCAGUUUCCAAACGCAGAGAAGAUGAAAACGACGUCUCCCCCAGGCGAGGACAUCAAAACCUCCUCCGGCCAGUAUAUUCAGUGCUUUACUGUAAAGCCCAAGCUUGAUUUACCGCCUAAAUUUCACAAGCCAGUGUCAGAACAAAUUGUCAGUUUCUAUAGAGUCAAUGAAGUCCAACGGUUUGAGUAUUCACGCCCUGUUCGAAAAGGAGAGAAAAACCCAGAUAAUGAAUUUGCGAAUAUGUGGAUCGAGAGAACCAUCUACGUGACGGCCUACAAGCUGCCCGGGAUUCUGAGGUGGUUUGAAGUGAAAUCGGUUUUCAUGGUUGAAAUCAGUCCGCUGGAAAACGCAAUAGAAACUAUGCAGUUAACAAAUGAUAAGAUCAAUAAUAUGAUUCAACAGCAUCUGAAUGAUCCAAAUCUACCUAUUAACCCUCUGUCUAUGCUGCUUAAUGGCAUUGUGGAUCCUGCAGUCAUGGGAGGGUUCACAAACUACGAAAAGGCCUUUUUUACUGAAAAAUAUAUGCAUGAGCAUCUGGAGGACCAUGACAAGAUUGAAAAACUGAAGGAUCUGAUAGCUUGGCAGAUUCCCUUCCUGGCUGAAGGCAUCCGAAUCCAUGGGGAGAAGGUGACGGAAGCGCUGAGGCCGUUCCAUGAGCGGAUGGAAGCCUGCUUCAAGCAGCUUAGGGAAAAAGUAGAAAAACAGUAUGGUGUGAGAACUGUUCCGCCCAGCCUGGACGAGGAGCGCGGCAGCCGGCCCCGCUCCAUGGUGCGCUCCUUCACCAUGCCCUCGUCCUCGCGGCCCCUCUCCGUGGCCUCCGUCUCCUCCGUGUCCUCGGACAGCACGCCCUCCCGGCCCGGCUCCGACGGGUUUGUGCUUGAGCCCCUCCUACCAAAAAAGAUGCAUUCUAGGUCUCAAGAUAAAUUGGACAAGGAUGACCUAGAUAAAGAUAAGAAAGAAAAGAAGAAGGAGAAAAGGAACAGCAAGCACCAAGAAAUAUUUGAUAAAGAAUUUAAAUCUACGGAUAUUUCUCUGCAGCAGUCCGAAGCAGUGAUCCUUUCAGAAACGAUCAGCCCGCUGAGACCACAGAGACCAAAGAGCCAAGUCAUCAACGUGAUGUCGAGCGAGAGGCGUUUUUCCGUGUCUCCUUCGCCGCCCAGCUCUCAGCUCACACCGCCCCCGAUAACCCCACGGACAAAACUGUCCUUCAGCCUGCAGUCCA